CUCUACUUCUGUGCGCAAGUCAACUGACGUACACCCCCCGAAUCCUUUCUACUUCUCGUGCUAGCCCCAUUCUAUAUCCUCAGCCUCCGCUGUCUUGGAUGUGUUGACAGUUGCAGGGCAUUGUUUCGCAAUGGGGAGAGAGAAGUACGUCAAGCAGUCGCUCGGCGCGCUCAGCGGCCGCGUGAAGCAAGCACGCGUGCUCAUGGUCGGCGCCGGUGGAAUCGGAUGUGAGCUGCUGAAAAACCUGGUGCUCACGGGCUUCGGCGAGGUGCACGUCGUCGACCUCGACACCAUUGACCUGUCGAACCUCAACCGCCAAUUCCUGUUUAGACACGAGCACAUCAAGAAGUCAAAGGCAUUGGUUGCGAAGGAGUCGGCGGGUAGAUUCAACCCGGCUGUCACGAUCGAGGCCUACCAUGCCAACAUCAAGGAUGCGCAGUUCAACAUCGACUGGUACAAGCAGUUCGACGUUGUCUUCAAUGCGCUUGACAAUGCAGAUGCGCGGCGGCACGUCAACAGGAUGUGCAUUGCUGCUGAUGUGCCCCUCGUCGACGGCGGGACCACUGGGUUCCUGGGCAACGUUCGUUUUAUCAAGAAAGGAGUCACCGAGUGUUACGACUGCAUUCCUAAGGAGCCACCCAAGUCGUUUCCUAUUUGCACCAUCCGCAGCACGCCCUCACAGCCGAUACAUUGCAUCGUAUGGGCUAAGAGUUACUUGUUUGUUGAGAUUUUUGGCAUCAGUGAGGACACCUCUGCCGAACUGGACGAGACGCAGGAUGCCGACAACAAGGACGAGAUUGCCGAUCUGAAGAAGGAGCAGGCUGAGCUGAAGCACAUUAGGAACUCGAUGGGUUCCGAGCAGUUCCCACGACUUGUGUUUGACAAGGUCUUCAAGCACGACGUAGAGCGACUGCGGAGUGUUGAGGGCUUCUGGGAUAAGCGCAGACGCCCUGAUCCGCUGGACUUCGACACGCUGGUUAGCGACUCCUCCAAGAUCAACGGCGCCGAAUGCGCCAAGCGAGAUCAGUCUACAUGGUCUCUAGCAGAGAACUUUGCGGUCUUCCUCGACAGCCUCCACCGCUUGUCGGCUCGCAUGGCCGCGCUCAAAGCAAAGGGGGUAGGCGAGGAGGAUAUGGUGCUCGCAUUUGACAAAGACGACGAGGACACGCUUGACUUUGUCGCCGCGAGCUCGAAUCUGAGGUCACAUAUCUUCGGCAUCGAGACACAUCCCAAGUUCGACAUCAAACAGAUGGCGGGCAACAUCAUACCGGCUAUUGCGACCACAAACGCGAUUUUCGCAGGGCUUAUGGUGUUGCACGCGUUCAAAAUCAUGCGCGGACCUGACCACUACAAGAACGCGCCUAUGGUCUUCUCUCAGCGGUCAACGGACAGAGUUCUCACUGCGGAGAAAGAUCUAGCCAGGCCGAAUCCUGAAUGCGUUGUUUGUGGCGUGGCCAGGACGACAGUCAUCGUGGACCCUGAGAGGGCAACAAUGCGUCAUAUUGUCGAAGAUAUCUUGAAGGCGGAGUUUGGCUAUGCUAAAGAAUUUACCAUCACAAGCGGUGGUGAGCAGCUUUAUGAGGCUAUGCCGCCUGUGAGUGACGAUGAAGACGAUGAAAAUGAUCAAGAGGUUGUGUUACAAAAGAAAUUAACACAGCUCGAGCUUUUGGAUGGAAGUGCAAUAAUUAUUCACGAUGAGAGAGAAGAAUCCCCAAACGUCGAUCUAGAAGUUAGGCUAUCCUUUAAACAGCUACCUGCCGACGACAAACCUGUUCAGACGACAGAAGUACCGCAGAUACCCAAGAAACCUUCGAGGAGUGUCAUGCCGGGAGAGACGGCGACAAAUGGUAUUAAUAGUGCCUUGGGCAAACGAAAGAGAUCGUCAGAUGAGGGAGAAGGAGAAGGCCCAAAUAGGAAGAAAGGCAAGAUGCCUACGGACAAGGAUUCAGUAAUUCUUAUCGACGAUGACGAUUCCAAGCCGAUCGAGCUCGAUUGAAGAAGGUCCGGCCAACUUCCCUUUCCAUUGGGUGGAGGUAAUGUGCACGUAAAUUUCAGUGAUACCCAGAGAGACAUUAUUACAAACGUUCUAAUACUCUUCGUUUGAGGAGAUGGCAUGAUUGGGCAGGCGAGGCCUUGGGAAUUGGUUUUAAUGGCAAAUGAGUUGUAUGAGCCGUGAAGAGAUGUCUAGAUUUUUGACGUCUUAACUGAGGACGCUGGAUCCGUAUGACCAUUUUGGCCCUUAUCAUCUCUCAAGGAGGCUUGAAUGGUUUGGCGACAUUCAACGGAAUUGCUGCUCUACGGGCGAACAUUGUGUAUUUUGAGCCUGUCCUAUUCUGCCCAUCCUAUUGAGCACCUUUGGGUCGAGGACCAGCCAGUGAUAUGUGAGAAAAACAAGGGAUGGGCAACCAUGGUCGCACAUUUGGCGACAUCUUAGAGAAAAUGGCCGAAUUCUUUGGGUUUCGAACUGCAUAAGGUUAUAAGCUCAUUGACAAGCAUCCCGUCAUGGAUCAACUAUAGCUUUGUGUAGAUUGAGCAGGGGAGAAAACUGAUUUUUUUCCCCUUCAAAAUCUGCGCCUUUUUAUGAAUUAAAUGCAUUGAAUUCAAAAGACUAUCAAGAUCA